CGGAUGCAGAAAGUCACACUUGUACGUCUCUUGUUGUUCAACAAACGACGGCCAUUGGAGCUCUCACAGAUCACCACUGACACAUACAUUAAUCGACCAGGAUGGAACAACUCAAGGGUAGAAGAGCUGUUAUGCCAGAUGACAUCUCUUGAAAAGAAGCUGCUUGAGAGUCACGACCUCUUGAAGAUGAUUGGAAAACGGGGGCGAACAGUCCCUGUUAUUGUUCCUCCAGACUGCAGUAAAUCACUAAAUGCAAUUUCCAAGUUGAGGCAUCUUUUCAUUCCUCCAUCCAACCAGUAUAUGUUUGCGAGAAACACACCAUCCACACACAUGCAGGCUGGUCAUGUUCUCAAAGAAAUUAUCUCAGAAGUGUCUCUUGACUCACCACAAGACAUCCGCACAACUAAAAUGCAGAAAUACACUGCAACAGUUGCACAGAUUCUAAGCCUACAGCCACACCAAUUAGAAUGGGUUGCUAGCCAUCUUGGCCAUAGCGUCAACAUACAUAAAGACUUCUACAGGGUGCAGGACUCAACAAUUGAACUGUGCAAGGUCUCCAAGUUAUUGAUGGCCAUUGAUGCUGGUGAUGUGGGCCAAUGGGCAGGCAAGUCUCUGGAUGACAUACAAGUUGAAGAUAUUGAGAUGGAAGCAACUGAUGAAAUUGAUGACGAUGGAGAUGAAGAUGAACAGGAAAUGAACCAGGUCUCACUUCAAACCUGUUUCAACAAGUCAUCAUCAGCCAGAGAACCAAGCCCUUCAUGUGCACCUAGGUGUACUCCAAGAAGAGUCGAAACUGAAACCAGAUCCAGCUCACGUGAGAUGCCAUCCGAGUUAGCUGAAGGAUCAAGACCUCUUCGUGUAUCAGGAAAGGGAGACAAAUUUCCUUGGUCCAAACAAGAGACAUCCUGCAUCUGGGCACAAAUGAGAGAACUCAUCUUGAAAGAAAAGGUACCAGGGAAGAAGGAAUGUCAAGCUUGUAUCACAGCUUCAGUUCCCAUAUUGGACAAAAGAACCAGGCAGUGCGUAAGUAUAAGGUCUAUAAUAUAAUAAACGCGGUCAGGAGAAA